GCAUUAUUAGAGCUAUAAAAAUGGUUUGAAAAACAUUAGUUUCUGUCAGUCUUCGCCUAGAUUCAGAAGUUGCUGCUGUCUGCUGGAACUAACUUAAAACAUAGCUAUGGCAUUAAUUGGACGAGUUUUCUUAAUGGCACUUUGCGUUUUAACCGCAUAUGCUUUGCCCUCAUUGAACAAUGGUUUCAAAAUUGGCAACGAACAUUUUAAACUACGUGCUGUAACAUCGCCAACUCAAAAAGCUGCAACAGCCGUCGUUACCCCUCAAGCUGUUAACAAAAGUUCCACAGACACAUGUACAAUCAAGUACAGCACUGCUAUGAGCAAUAUUAACAAUCAAACUGUUAAUAAAACUAAAGACUGUUACAAAUCCGCUGAAGUUGCAUUCAAGGAAUUUGAUAGCCAAGUUUUAAAUGCAACCGUAAAAGAGGUGACUGCUAUUUCGAAAAAUCUCCAAAUGAGACUUUCGAACUGCUCAACUAAUAAAACAAACUUGGACAUUUUGGUUUGCGUCAUCGAUUCUUUUAAUGAAAAUAUGGCUAAUCUCAAUAAUAUGACUAGCAAGGCACAAGUUGUAGCCAGUUCAGUCAAUGAAUAUGAAUACUCAGUUGAAAUAGCUACCAAAAUGUGUGUGAAUGAAGUUAUGAUUAGCAGCAAAGUUAAUUCGAGUAUUGCCGACAACGAUAUGCAGAAAUGUUUGAGCAAUAAUACAGUUGGGGGAUUAUAUGGUUCAAAAUCUGGGCUUAAAUUUAAAACCUUACAGUUGAAUUAAAAUAAAUAAAAUGUGAUUUUUU